AUGGUGCUCCAUCAAUUCUUUUCCAAAUCAAACUCGGAAAAGGACAAGGAGAAAAAGGAGAAAAAGGUCAAAUCCAAAGACUCUAGAGAAGACAGCGUUUCUCCCCGACGAAAAGACACCCGAUCCAAAGGUCGCCCCCGAAGUAGCGUCGGCGACCUCAGCCUGGACCUGGAUCCAGAUUCUUCAUUUUCACCUUCUCUCUCCAGUUCUCCGCAAAAGUCUGCGUCGUCCUCGCCUCGCAAGUCUUCUCCCACGAAAACUACCCUUCCUUAUCCAAACCUAAGACCUACGCACAGUCGUUCCUCCUCCACGACCACAUCGAAACCCGCAUUUUUUUCUUCUUCAAACCGCAACUCGCGCAGCGAAGACUCACACCCGUUGAAUCUUCCGCCAGACGAGCUCCGUCGACAUCUUUCCGCCAUGGCUGCUGCUAGGGACGACAGCAUGCGGAGCUCCAUGGACAUUGACCGGGAUACCACAGCAUCUCCUCAACCGGAUGCCACACCCAUGGGCACAAACGGGACGCAGAAUGACGAUACGGAUCGCAGUCCGACCCCGCCUCCCCAUCGUUCUCCUCCGCCAAACAGCGACGGCGGGGAGUCGCACAAACUAGCCGGAAAUAAGUUCUAUAAGCAAGGGGACUACCAGCGGGCUAUACAAGAAUACAAUAAAGCCCUGGAGGUCAAUCCAAACUCUUCAAUCUUUCUUUCGAACCGUGCUGCAGCUUUUCUGUCUGCCAACCGGUUCAUCGAAGCCCUGGAUGACGCACAGCGUGCGCUGGAACUUGACCCGGAGAAUUCCAAAAUCAUGCAUCGUCUAGCCCGCAUUUUGACAAGCCUUGGCCGACCAGCAGACGCUCUAGAUGUGCUGUCAAAAGUCCAGCCUCCAGCAUCCGCCAAAGACCGUGCCAAUGCCGAGGCAAUGCUGCGACAUAUUACUCAAGCCGAGGACUCUUUGAACAAUGGCAAGGGUGGAUCGUUGGUCGUUUUCGCCAUUGAGCAAGCCAAACAGAUGCUUGGACCGGGUGUCAAGACUCCACGAAAGUGGCAGCUUAUGCUUGGUGAAGCUCAAUUGAAGAUCGGGAAUGAGAACGGUUUCGGCAAAGCACAUGAUGUGGCCAUAUCGUUGCUACGAGAGAACAACCAAGACCCCGAUGCACUCUUGCUACGUGCAAAAGCAUACUAUGGCCAGGGUGACAACGACCAGGCCGUGAAAUAUACCAGGAUGAGUCUCCAACUCGAUCCAGACAAUAAAAAGGCAUUCACUCUACUGCGACUGGUGCAGAGACUGGUCCGUACCAAAGAGGAAGGUAACGCGGCCUUCAAAGCCAAGGACUACAAACGUGCAGUUGAGCUGUACACCCAGGGCCUUGAAAUCGACCCAACCAACAAGGAUACCAAUUCAAAACUACUACAAAACCGUGCACAGGCCCACAUAGCUCUGAAAGAUUACGAAAAGGCAAUAGAAGACUGCACGGAAGCCCUCCGUCUUGAUCCCGGUUACAUUAAAGCACAAAAGAUCCGAGCCAAAGCCCACGGCGCCGCAGGAAACUGGGAAGAAGCCAUCAAGGAUUACAAGAAUGUCGCCGAAACCAACCCUGGCGAAAAGGGUAUUCAGGAAGAUAUUCGUCAUGCCGAGUUUGAGCUCAAGAAGAGCCAACGCAAGGAUUAUUAUAAGAUUUUGGGAGUUGAGAAGGAUGCUUCGGAGGCGGAAAUUAAGAAAGCGUACAAAAAGAUGGCUAUUCAGUUACAUCCUGAUAAGAACCCGAACUCGAGUGAUGAUAAGUUCAAGGAACUUGGUGAGGCGUAUGAGACUUUGAUUGAUCCUCAGAAACGUGCCGCAUAUGAUAACGGUGAUGAUCUCCUUGAUCCAUCUGAAAUGUUUGGACGCGGCGGCUCACCUUUCGGUGGUAUGGGCGGCAUGGGCGGCAUGGGAGGCAUGCACGGCGUCAACAUCGAUCCCAAUAUUCUCUUCAACAUGAUGAACGGCGGAGGAGGUGGAUUCGCUCAUGCCGGCGGCAACCCAUUUGCUGGCGCUCAGGGUCGUGGCGGUGGCUUCCAAGGAUUUCAAUUCUAGCCUCUUAUCAAUAGAGCAGCAUACUGGCACCUGAGGUGUCUACUUGAACGAAAGCCCUUGGCAUUUAUCACAUUAGUGACUACGAUAGACAAUGUCCAAAAGCUAUGAUGUUUCUUAACCCAUCGACAGGAAUUUUCGUCAUUCAAGCGAAUUUCAACAAGACAGAACUUUUUUUCUGGGAUAUCAGACCCCUUUUCAUCAAUUUCCUCCAGCAUGAACUGAUCAAUAGACUGUUCUCAUGUUUGUGCUUGUAUGUAUGAUGUUUUUUAGGAUAUUUCCGGCAUGUGGCGCACCUCUUUUUUCUUUUCUAUCUGUCGACUUGCUCUGAAUUCGUUUCUUGCUAUUCUCAUUCUGUGCAUGAGGAACAUAGAUUGGCGUUUCGUUUCUUCCAUUAUGAAAGUUUAGGAUUACAGCUAUGUCAUGUCUUGUUCGUCUGAAUGGUACAUACUUAUUUCGC